GUCGAAGCAACAAAAAGAAACCGUUUUCAAGACCGUGCGUGCAACAUCGAGUUCCCCAAAAACUUGAAUAUUAGUUGAAAAUAUUUGUUCCCCUAGUUAAUUGCUCUCCUCUCCAUUUCCCUGAUUUCCCCCCCUUCAAAUCAUUCUAUAGUUUCAUGCUUAGCGUGCCCAAAUUGAGUUUCUAGUGUAGUGUUUCUCAUGUGUUUGUUGUUGGUCGGCGGGGGCGGCUGAAAAUAAAAAAAAUAGAGGAAAAGAAAAGAAAAGAAAAGAAAGGCGUUUCGAAAGGAGAUUCAAACCGAGUGCCAUUUGUACCAAGUGCCGGCACUAAUGAGAUGGUCUUCGGUGCUAUGCUGCUGACGGGCAACGGGCUCAAAGGUCCCAAACAGCAGCAACAUCAGCAGGAGCAGCAGCAACAGCAACAGGAGCAACAGCAGCAGCAGCCACAGGAGCAAUCGAAACCGGCUGCCAUUAGAUCCUCCAGCAAGGAACAGGAUCCGCAGCCCAUUGCCGCCGGGUAUUAUGCCCUUGGCAUACGUAUACCCAAGUCGCCAUCGUUUCACAGUGGCCUAGAUCAGCUGGCCGACGACGAGUUGGAGGAUCAGGAUCAGCAGGAGGGUCAGGAGCAACAGCAGCAGCAACAGGCCGGCAGCAGAUUCAAGUUUACCAGCGUGGAGGAGCUGAAGGCCAAGUUCGAGGGGCGGAAAACGCCCCUCUCGCCGCCCGAGGCAGCAGGAGCAGCAGGCGGAUCAGGAGCUGCCACCACAUCCUCCUCACCCUCAUCCUCGUCCACCAGCUCCAAUUCCUCGGCCUCGGCCCUCUCCUCGCUCUCCCAGGCGGCCUCAUCCUCGCUAGCCUCGGCGGCGGCCAACUCCUCGGCCUCCUCCUCGGCGGCCACGUACGGUGGUGGUGCUAAUUCCGCGGCAGCUGCUCUGAUUGCCUCCUCGCCAUUUGGAUCGCAGUCCUCCACUUCCUCGUUGUCGCUAUCCUCGAAUGCCGGCAUGUCGAAGAACACGGCAGGAGCAGGAUCGGGAGCAGGAUUGGGUAGCUCGACGACAUCUGGCCCAACUGCAUCUAGUGGCAGCUCGCUUGUGUCCACUUUGGCUCAGCACUUCUCGGCGGCCACAUCCGCCGCAGCUUCGGCGGCAGCCGCUGCAGCCUCCUCCGCCUCGGCGGCGUCCUCCUCAUCAGCUUCCUCAUCCACCGCCGCCAACAACGCAGCCAGCUCCAUCGCCGCCAGCAAGUCACCUGUGAGCGCGGCCGCGGCCAUUAAGAACAUACUGAAUGCCACCAAGAGUGUGGGCACCAGUGCUGCGGCGGCGGCAGCAGCGGCGGCCACCUCCUCCUCCUCAUCAAUCUCAUCAUCCUCAUCCUCCGCGCCGUCAUCGGUGGUACAGGUGCCUUCGUCCCCCGCCGCCGCCGUCGUUGCCAUUUCCACAAUCAGCGAUGUGCCCGCAGAGGAGCUGCGUCCGACGGUGGCCCAGAAUCUGGUGGGCGGCAUUAGCAUCUCACUGGGAAUUGGCCAGCGCAAUGGCGGUGGUGCCGCCGCCGCACCAGCAGCGACAUCGAGCGCCACCCUGGUGGUGACCACAUCGAGCCUGAGCAUCCGGCAGAACGGUGACAUACUCCCGGGUCAUCCAGGAGGUCAUCCGGCGGCGGGUCUCCAGGCAUCGCCCCAGACGCUGCAACAGCUGACGGGCAGUCCAGGAAGGGCUCGCGACCGGAAUCUGUUCUACUCGCCACCCACCGCUUCGGUUGCCAUGGCGCUGCCUGCACUGCGAGAAACGGCCGCCAGUGAACGGGAGGAGCUGUUCAUACAGAAGAUCCGACAAUGCUGCACACUAUUCGACUUCUCGGAGCCGCUGAGCGACCUCAAAUGGAAGGAGGUGAAGCGUGCGGCCCUGCACGAAAUGGUCGAUUUCCUCACCAACCAAAAUGGCAUAAUCACCGAAAUAAUUUACCCGGAGGCGAUCAAUAUGUUUGCUGUCAACCUUUUCCGAACGCUGCCGCCAUCCUCUAAUCCGAAUGGCGCCGAAUUCGAUCCGGAGGAGGAUGAGCCCACGCUGGAGUCUUCGUGGCCGCAUCUACAGCUUGUCUACGAGCUGUUCUUGCGCUUCUUGGAGUCACCCGAUUUUCAACCAAACAUGGCUAAACGUUUUAUCGACCAUCAAUUUGUAUUACAACUAUUGGAUUUAUUCGAUUCGGAGGAUCCGCGAGAACGUGAUUUCCUAAAGACUGUUUUACAUCGCAUCUAUGGAAAAUUUUUGGGCUUGAGAGCAUUUAUUAGGAAGCAGAUCAACAAUGUCUUUUACAGAUUUAUUUAUGAAACGGAGCAUCAUAAUGGCAUAGCCGAAUUGUUGGAAAUCCUGGGCAGCAUUAUUAAUGGCUUUGCUCUACCGCUUAAAGAGGAGCAUAAACAAUUUUUACUUAAGGUAUUGCUGCCAUUGCACAAAGCCAAGAGCCUCUCGGUCUACCAUCCGCAGCUGACCUACUGUGUGGUGCAGUUCCUGGAGAAGGAUCCUAGUUUAUCCGAGGCGGUCAUCAAAAGUCUGCUUAAGUUUUGGCCGAAGACGCACAGUCCCAAGGAGGUGAUGUUUUUGAACGAGCUGGAGGAGCUCUUGGACGUUAUCGAGCCGGCCGAAUUCCAGAAGGUGAUGGUGCCGCUCUUCCGCCAGAUAGCCAAGUGCGUCUCCUCGCCGCAUUUCCAGGUGGCCGAGCGGGCGUUGUACUAUUGGAACAACGAGUACAUUAUGUCGCUGAUAGCGGACAACUCGGCGGUGAUAUUACCCAUCAUGUUUCCAGCGCUUAACCGCAACUCAAAGACGCACUGGAACAAGACCAUCCAUGGUCUAAUCUACAAUGCGCUCAAGCUGUUCAUGGAGAUGGAUCAGCGGCUUUUCGAUGAGUGCAGCAAGAACUACAAACAGGAGAAGCAAAUGGAGCGCGAGAAGCUGUCGCAAAGGGAGGAGCUCUGGCAGCAGGUGGAGAGCUUGGCCAAGACCAACCCGGAAUGGACGAAGGCGGCCCGCUUUAACGACUGCCUGCCGCCCAGCGACAGCCGCGCGCUGUACGAUCAAUAUAGCGAGAACAGCGAUCUAGGCUACGAUCAGAGCGAGCAGAAGGCGCGCCAGCCGCCGCCUCCGCUGCCGCCACAGAAACAGGCGCUCCAGGAGCCCCGAGAGAUUCGGGGCGAGCGGAACAAGGACAAGCCGCUGCUGCGCCGCAAAUCGGACCUGCCGUCGGAUAGUGGAACCGUUAAGGCGCUCAUCGAGCACAAGCGAACGGAUGAGUACCUCACCACACCGCCGCCGGAUGGAAGUAACUACUAGAAAACCCCCGGUCAGCCGACGCCACCAUUAUUAUACCUUUAAAGCCCGAGGCUUUGGGGAAAUAGUCCAGAAAAUACCCAACCACACACACUCCAAACUUAGGCCAGAAAGCAUAUAUUAUAAACAACACGCCCAGAGGAUGAGGAUAGUAGCAGAACAGCACAGCUAGAUCAAACAAUUUAAAAACGAUGCCUCGGUGUCAUCGCAUUUGCAUUUUGGGGCUUAGAAUGCAACACAAUUUCUUUAUAAAUAAAACAUAUAAACAUACAAAUACCUAUCUAUAAUGAAAAUGCAUAGUACCAAUAAAUAUCGAAAAUCCUAAACGAGA